AGAGCACCAGGAUCUGAACUCAGUGCCUGGGAGUUCGAGGACAGAGGCUGCCUCUCCGAGGAAGGGCAAUCGAAGCCUGACGCUCCCAAGGACAGGGAGCCUGAAGCUCCCCAUCUGCCCCUUCCCAUUGCUUUUUUCUGGCAAAAAAUAGCAAAGAAGCCCUUCUUUGGACUCUCCAACCUUGACCCUCCAUUUCUGAUCCUCUGACCAUCUCUUUUCCUAAAAGAGACCACCCACUCCAACCACAGGCAUCACCAUGGCCAAGAUGCUGCCAGCCCAAGAGGCAGCCAAGAUCUACCACACCAACUACGUGAGGAACGCCAGGGCCAUGGGAGUCUUGUGGGCACUCUUCACCCUCUGCUUUGCUGUCAUCAUGACGGUGACUUUCAUCCAGCCCUACUGGAUCGGGGACAGCAUUGACACACCACAGGCUGGCUAUUUCGGCCUUUAUUCCUAUUGCAUUGGCAAUGCCCUGACAGGUGAACUCAUCUGCAAAGGCAGCCCACUGGACUUUGGCACUAUCCCUUCCAGUGCCUUCAAAACUGCCAUGUUUUUCGUGGGCAUCUCUACCUUCCUCAUCAUUGGUUGCAUCCUCUGCUUCAGUCUCUUCUUCUUCUGCAACGCAGCCACUGUGUACAAGGUGUGCGCUUGGAUGCAGCUGGCAGCAUGUGCAGGUUUGGCAAUAGGUUGCCUGCUCUACCCCGAUGGCUGGGACUCCCCUGAGGUGAAACGGAUGUGUGGAGAGAAGACAGACAAGUACACACUGGGAGUGUGCACAGUGCGCUGGGCAUACAUCCUCUGCAUCAUUGGGAUCCUUGAUGCUCUCAUCCUCUCCUUCUUGGCCUUUGUGCUUGGCAACCGGCAAGACAAUCUCCUUCCAUCUGACUUCCAAGUGGAAAAUAAGGAAGAAGGAAAUGAAUGAUGAUGAAGAAUGGAGUGGUCUUAAGCUUUUGACUGAAAUGGGCAUAUUUGCUUCCAGCUUUGAGACAACUCAAGAGGGCUAUUUUGAUACCCAUGAGUGCCAAGCACCAGGCAUAACCCAUACCAUGGAUUUUUAAAUGUUAUCCAUUCUGCAGGGCAAAAAGAGACAUCUAGGAGUUUGAAGGAGUGGGGUGACAGGAAAGACUCUUGCAAAAUCACCUCCUUAUUACUGGAACACCUACAGUUACUUCAUACUGCCCAAAAACAGAGCUGGCACUAGCACCUGGAGUCCCUAGGUAGCUGCUUAAACACCAGAACCCUGGCAGGGGCCUCCACUAAGUCUCUCUUUAAUUCUGCCAUCUUAAUACCUAAACAUGGAAACUGGCCACCUGGUGCUGCCUUGAAGCAUUAUUGCCCUCCAGUAUCAGAUAAGCCCAACAGGACCCAUUGGUGUGUUGUUGGUGUUGGU